UUACUAGGUGUAUUGAAAGAGAGUAAAAGUUCAGCUUCAUCAGAAAUACGUAGGUCAAGAAAAGGAGCUUCAAAACAAGUCAAUCGCAUUAUAACUUCUAAACAUGGAUAACAAACAAACCAUCAAUUUUGGAGCAGGACCUGCUAAACUUCCACAGUCGGUUCUACUCAAAGCACAAAAGGAGCUGCUGAAUUACAAUGGUACUGGUAUAAGCAUACUUGAAAUGAGCCACAGAUCAUCUGAUUUCAGUAAGAUUAUAAACACUACUGAAAAUCUUGUGCGUGAACUUUUGAAUGUACCUGAAAACUACAAAGUACUGUUCUUGCAAGGUGGUGGGUCGGGACAGUUCAGUGCAGUUCCUCUAAAUCUGAUUGGUCUGAAGGAAGACAGGUGUGCUGACUAUCUAGUCACAGGGACAUGGUCUGCAAAGGCUGCCAGAGAAGCAGAGAAGUAUGGAAAAGUGACUGUGAUCCAUCCAAAACUGGAUAGUUAUAACAAUAUACCAGACAGAAGCACUUGGUCAUUAAAUCCUUCAGCUUCUUAUGUUUACUACUGUUGCAAUGAAACAGUGGAUGGUGUUGAGUUUAACUUCAUUCCUGACACGAAGGAAGUGGUUCUUGUCAGUGAUAUGUCAUCCAACUUCCUCUCACGACCAGUAGAUGUGUCAAAGUUUGGGCUGAUAUUUGCUGGUGCGCAGAAGAAUGUUGGUUGUGCUGGUGUGACUGUUGUGAUUGUAAGAGAGGAUUUGUUGGGCAGAGCAUUGAAAGAGUGCCCUAUUAUACUAGACUACCAGGUGCAGGCCGGGAACAACUCACUCUACAAUACUCCUCCAUGUUUCAGUAUUUACAUCAUGGGCUUGGUUCUGGAGUGGAUCAGGAACAAUGGAGGGGCAGAUGCCAUGGAACAGCUGAACAAACAGAAAGCUGCCAUAAUAAAUGACAUCAUCAACCACUCUAAUGGGUUCUACUCAUGUCCUGUUGAUGCGGUCUAUCGAAGCCGUAUGAACAUUCCAUUCCGCAUUGGAAAGAAGGAAGGAGAUGAAGACCUUGAAAUGCAAUUUUUGGAUGGUGCCUUGGCACUUGGGAUGAUUUGUUUGAAAGGACACCGGUCUGUGGGUGGCAUCCGGGUUUCCUUGUACAAUGCAGUGACUGUUGAAGAUGCAAAGACUCUUGCCACCUAUAUGGGACAAUUUCUAAGAGAUCACCAAUAGUCUGAAGGCUGUUUUUACUAGUAGUAGUUUGUAUUCAUACUUAAAAGGGUUUCUUGGUCAACGUUAUCCUAACAGCUACGUAGGGACAUAACAAAAAGUAUAUCCUUUUCUUUUGUGUUUGAUUUAAUUACAUAUUGUUGGGUCUUUUUAUACAACUAACCAUUUUAUGUUUAUUCUAGUGCACAUCAGUGCUUGUAAAAAUGGUUAAAGUGUAUGCUAAAGUAAUGGUUUACUAAAAACGUGCAUUAUUUGUGAAUACACAGAGUGUGGUGAUGCAAAAAAUAAAGACAAAGUAAAACUAAUAAAA